AUGAUGCAGUCCUUCCUCGACACCGUCAGUGAGGAGCAUGUCAAGAAUAAGAUCGUGGGGACAUGGGUGCGGCAGGUCCGCGACCUGUCCAACGACGUGGAGGACAGCAUCGAUUUCAUCCUCCACAUCGACACGACAAAGAGGUCGUGGUGGCUACGGCUGCUGCCGUCCUGUGGGGGCAAGGCGGGAGCGCUACUGCCGGUGGACGAAGCAGUGGCCGAGACAACGCUGCUCAGGGCCCGGGUGGUGGACGUGAGCCAGAGGAACAUACGCUACAACCUCAUUAGCGACUCUGGUUCCAAACCCCUGGCCCUGCCGCCGCAGGAAAUGGCUGCUGCAAGCACAAGGUUAUUUGGUAACAUUCUCCUCAAUGCCACUAAGAAGAAAAGUGGGCUCUCAGAUGAUCUUGCCGGAUUGAUCAUUAGGGAAGAUAAGGAACUUCAAGUAAUUUCGAUAUGUGGAACAGGAGGCGAUCAUGGGAAAAUAUCCAUCAUCAGGAAGGCGUAUGGUGAUCAAAGGAUCCAUAAGAACUUUCAAUGUCGUGCUUGGGUGAAGCUACAGCAUCCGUUCAAUCCUCAUGAGUUCAUCCGAAGCUUGGUGGCUCAAUUCUACACAAACUCUUGCGAAGCACUAGGAGGAGAAGUUGUCGGCGUACGUGCCCUGACAAUGAUGGAGGGGAGCCAAGGUGCUUAUAGUCUCACCCAGGAGUUCGUGCAGCAGGUCAACAAGCAGAGAUACCUCGUCGUUUUGGAAGAUCUGUCCACCAUCUCACAGUGGGAUGACAUCAAGACAUAUCUACCCGACAUGAAGAACGGGAGCCGGAUCGUUGCGUCGACUCACGACCUCGAAAUUGCUAGCCUUUGUCCUGGGGAACCGUGCUUAGUAUCCGAGCUGAGGCAGUUUUCAGCUGAUCACUCGGUCUACGUCUUUUACAAGGAGAUCGUGAGCGACGACACAAUCGCCAACCUCCGCCCACUUGUGGACGAUAAUCUAGACCCCGCCACUAAGCUCUGGUUCCUUGUGUCCUACUCCAAGGCCGAGGUCAACGAUAUAUUGUGGCUUGUGAUCACCAAUGAAGGCGGCGAGUCAGAAAGGGGUGCUAGGAGGGGCAAAGCAAGUCAGGGUAGCAGUGGAAGGGGCAGGAAGAGGCAGUGGGUUAGGGAGGGGCAGGGGGUCCUCAGAAUGUUGCUCCUAUGUAUCCUUAUCCUGUCCGGUGAUCUGGACGUCGAUGUUGAGUUGCUGAGAACUCCGAUGAGCAGAUUCAGCGAAGGUCAUUUGAUCCUAUAG